AGUCUCAACCUUCCCAUUCAAUAGCCGAGUCAUUUGCUCUAUCUGUUCCUCUCAAGAAUAUAUGGCCAGAGGCAGUGGACUCUCCUUUGAUCCAGAUCACACUCUCAUCACAUUCUUUCUUCACAACCCAACUUCAACCCACCAAUCCUCUAAUCUCUCUCUACCCAAAACCCACUCCCACCGUCCACACCUGCACCUCACUCUUCAACCAAAACCUCCGUCAUCCAUGGAGGCGCCGCCACCACCACCACCUCCCACCAUUCAGUUCCCCGUCAGUCUCAGCUCCGCCUCUCACGACCACGACCACGAUCAUGAUCAUGAUCCAGCUGACAAUCCCAACGGCCAGCGCAAGGUCGUCGACGAAAUGGAUUUCUUUUCCGACAAGAAACAGGGCGGUGGAGGUGGCGGCGAUGACGCCGGAGACGCCAACGCAACGGCGCAUUUGACCGGCCUUAACUCAGUCUUGGAUUUCAAAGUAAAUACUGGUUUGCAUCUUCUCACCACUGCAAACACUGGUAGUGAUGAGUCCAUCUUGGACGACCGAAUAUCUUCAAAUUCAGAAGACAAAAGAUCAAAAACUGAGCAGAUGGCGUUUCUUCAAGCUGAAAUGGAGAGAAUGAAUACCGAGAAUCAGCGUCUGAGGGAGAUGCUGAAUCAGGUGACGAACAAUUACAACGGCCUUCAGAUGCACUUGCUCACCCUGAUGCAAAAUGGAGGGAGUGCAGAAGAAGGCAAAAGUGGGCAGGGAAAUGGACAGGUGGUGCCUAGGCAGUUUAUGGAUCUUGGGCUGGGAGCGGCAGCUGAUGACGAUGAGGUUUCGUUGUCGACAUCAUCCGAGGGGCGGACGGGCAGGCAACAGCCUCCAACGCCCGACAAGGACGUUGGAGGAGGAGAUCAGGACCAGUGUUCUGAAAACAAGGUUGCUCGGCUCGGACACUCUUCUAGGAAUGCUGAUCAAGCCACUGAGGCUACUAUGAGGAAGGCCCGUGUCUCAGUUCGUGCUCGCUCCGAGGCUCCCAUGAUCACGGAUGGAUGCCAAUGGCGCAAGUAUGGGCAGAAAAUGGCGAAGGGGAACCCGUGCCCACGGGCUUAUUACCGCUGCACCAUGGCUGCUGGUUGCCCAGUUCGGAAACAAGUCCAAAGAUGCGCCGGCGACAGAAGCAUCCUCAUAACGACCUACGAAGGCAACCACAACCACCCAUUGCCACCUGCCGCGAUGGCCAUGGCCUCAACGACAUCAUCGGCCGCAAGAAUGCUACUCUCGGGAUCAAUGCCAAGCGCCGACGGCCUAAUGAACUCCAACUUCCUAGCAAGAACACUCCUCCCUUGCUCCUCCAGCAUGGCCACAAUCUCAGCCUCAGCGCCAUUCCCCACCGUCACACUAGACCUAACACAGUCCCCCAACCCCCUACAGUUCCCAAGACCCUCAGGACAGUUCCCUCUCCCCUUCCUUAACAAUCCACCAAACAUCGGCACGCCAGCCAACCCGGCACCAGGCCUUCUGCCUCAACUCUUCGGGCAGGGAUUGUACAACCAGUCCAAGUUUUCAGGCCUCCAAAUGUCCCAAGAAAUGGAUCAAGGCAGCAAUCAACUAUCAACUACACUUCCUUCAGUCCACCAGGGCCAGUUGAGUGACACUGUCAAUGCUCUUGCUACUGAUCCAAACUUCACCGCUGCUUUAGCAGCAGCCAUCUCUUCAUUCAUCGGCGGGGGGCAGUAUCCGAACAACGCCAGCAACAACAGCAACAGCAGCAACAAUAAUGGCAGUGUUGCCACCAGCAACAAUAACAGCAAUGGCAACAAUAAACUCAGCAGCUCAGGGUUUCAAGUCAAUUGAUCAAGUAAAAACUUUGAAAACCAUUAUUUCCCUUUCUUUUUUACCAUAGUUUUUUUUGGUUUCUUGGAGGGUUUUCUUUUUUCCUCCAUAAAAAUUAAAGGCUGAAAUCAUAUGAUACAUUUGUUUUAUUUUUUUCUUUUUUAUUUGAAUAAUGUAAUAGUCAUGUUGAUGUAGACGUCAAAAAGAAUGAUAUAUGAAUUACGAAAGAAAAAUAUAGAAAAGAUGUGAUUACCUUUGUA